AUGAAGGCGUUCGUGAACCCAUCGGGUGAGCGGUGGCAGACGACACGGUUUUCCGUGUUCAAGCGCCAGUCGAGGGUGGAGGUAGAUGCUCAGAAGGAUCUGGAAGACAUGCUCAAGAAACUAGAAGAGAAACCUGACGAUGCUGUAGAGGACAACAAUGAAAUCAAGAGUCGAGAGGAGAGGCGAAAGCUGCUACGACUGGUGAUCCCAUGUGGCGCUCUUGCUGUUAUUUGUCUGGUGUACUGCCUGGUCGGAAUGUCUGUGUCUGGAUCGGGGAUUGUGGGCGCAACUGAGUUGAGUGUCUACCACAACCGUUUAAACUUGUUGCAAGAUACUGUCGACACCGUACUGCAGGAAUACAGUGCCCGUCUAGCAACUAAUUUGCGCAAGUCAGAAAGAAGCGUGCAUGAAUAUGUGUACCGCAAAACUGAUGACCUCAUAAACAAGAUAUUAACUACCAGAACAAUGACAGAAUGGAGGUUAAUAAGUCGUAUAAAUGACUGGAGAAAUGAACCAUUAAUACAACAGUCCUUUAUAAUCGAGGAAACAAACUUUUAUAUGAAUUUUUUAUUGGAUCUUCAAACACUUAUUAUAUCAGAAGAGCUAGACUUUAAGGAAGUGUAUCUAUGGAAACACACAUAUGAGUACAAUGUUGUGCUACAAAAGACAUUAGGCUUGCAGAUACUAUCUGUUCUCGUAAAUAAUAUUAAGUUGAUAGCUGAACAUGUUUGUUUAGAACAUUUUCCAAAUGGUGCCUCAAGCGAGUACACAACACUUUUCCUGAAGAUACAAAAUCUUAUGAACCAGGAUAAUAACGUUUUUGAUCAAUUUCGGUCAGAAAACCGAUCUAUAUCUUACACACUGCAGUUGUUAUCAGCAUUUGAGACAUAUUUGUUUGAAUGCGAUGGUGACAAAAAUACACGAUGGAGAAACAAAAUAAUGUAUAUUUGUGAACAAGGAAAGCACGAACAAUUUAAUAUAUAUGAAUCGCUGACUCAGUAUAAUAGCCAACUUCUCAGUCAAUCAGUGUUGAUAUUUUGCUUGCAUAUGCUGAACUUUGCAAUAACUUGUGUGUGUUCAUACUUGUUCUAUGCGUUGCUAAGGAACGAGUUACGUCUUUCUGCUAUCGUUUCUGAUUGGUUUUCCCAGCUGCAAGUGCGCGUUGAUGAACAGAAGGAGUCAACCUUCGCCAUGUUAUCUAAGGUUGUCCCAAGGACAUUGCUAAGCAGAUAUGAAACCAACCAGUGCAUGAUUCCGUACACGGUUUCUGAAACGACCCUCUUCAUGUCAAGUAUCGCUGCAUUUGAGUCGCUGCUGGACUACUUCACACCUGCGCAGGCGCUAAAUAUCCUUACAUUUGUUUUGGAACUACUUGAUGAGCGGAUUGCGCAGUACAAUGUGUUUCCAGUUGCACGAUGUGCGGACUGUGUUGUCGUUAUUUCAGACAACGCAAAAAAACGUCAAGUCCAGCACGCAUGCGAGAUGGCCAACAUGGCGGUUGACAUCAUGACGUGUUGUAGUGACCUUGAAAUUGGGCGCAACCAUACGACCAAGUUGUGCAUGAAAGUAGCAUUGCAUUCAGGUCCUUGUAGUGGUCGACUGCUGCUACAGAACGGGACCGUUCGACUUAAACUGCUUGGACAAAGCCUGGACAUUCUGCAACAUAUACACGAAGCAGCCUCACCCAACAUGAUACAUCUGAGCGAGCCCACAUACAGAUACCUGGAUACCAGUAGCACCUACAGUCUUCACUACAGGGGCAAUAUCAAUAUCAAGGGCGACUGUAGUCAUCGGGUUUACUGGCUGAAUGGCCGUCGAGUCUCCUCGGCAUCCGCUUCCAAUGCGGACGGCUGCUACACAAGAAUGGGUUCUUGGGUGGAACUAGAAAAGAAACCCCUCUAUCGAUUAGACGAACUGGAAGGCACCUACGAACCAUUGAAUAAGGGAUCCGCCCCUCGCCACCCCGAACUUACCAUAGGACCACACAGUGUUCUGCACACAUGA